AGAAUAAUUGCUUGCCUUAUUUAACUAAAACUCCAAACUGGUCCCGCCCCUUUUGUCUCCUUCAGCAGAUAACUACCACCGCCUCUUGCCGCGUAAACUUGACCUUCACCUCCACCUCCACCUCCAUCUCCACCUCCUCGCAUUUUGAAAAAGAAAAUCCCCACUAUGGCAAGUGAUCGGAGAAUAGGCGUUCUGGCCAGACACCUUGGUGUGGAGAUGGACUCUCAAAGCCACUCCGCUAAUGUCAUCUCUGCUUCCCCUACUUCCGGCUUUCAAGCCAACUCUGUUUUCUCUCAUGUUGUUCGGGCCCCUGAGGACCCCAUCCUCGGUGUAACCGUCGCGUAUAACAAAGAUCCCAGCCCCGUCAAGCUGAAUUUGGGAGUUGGCGCUUAUCGAACUGAUGAAGGAAAACCUCUUGUUCUGAAUGUAGUGAGAAAGGCUGAGCAGCAGCUUGUUAAUGACAGGUCACGUGUAAAGGAAUAUCUUCCUAUUACUGGAUUGGCUGACUUCAACAAAUUGAGUGCGAAGCUUAUUUUUGGUGCUGACAGCCCUGCUAUUCAGGAGAACAGGGUUACUACAGUUCAAUGCUUGUCUGGCACUGGUUCUUUGAGGGUUGGAGCUGAAUUUUUGGCCAGACAUUAUCACCAACGCACCAUAUACAUUCCCCAGCCAACAUGGGGAAACCACCCUAAAGUUUUUACUUUGGCUGGGUUAUCUGUAAAAACUUAUCGCUACUACGAUCCAGCAACACGAGGGCUGAACUUCCAAGGCUUAUUGGAAGAUAUUGGUUCUGCCCCAUCUGGAGCUAUUGUACUUUUGCAUGCAUGUGCUCAUAACCCCACUGGCGUUGAUCCUACUCUUCAACAAUGGGAAAACAUCAGGAAAUUGAUGAGAUCUAAAGGGUUAUUGCCUUUCUUUGAUAGUGCCUAUCAGGGUUUUGCAAGCGGAAGUCUGGAUUCUGAUGCAAAGCCUGUUCGCAUGUUUGUUGCUGAUGGCGGUGAACUCCUUGUAGCUCAAAGUUAUGCAAAGAACAUGGGCCUCUAUGGGGAACGAGUUGGUGCCUUGAGUAUUGUUUGCAGGAAUGCUGAUGUUGCAGGCAGGGUUGAGAGCCAGCUGAAACUUGUGAUUAGACCCAUGUAUUCAAACCCACCUAUUCAUGGUGCAUCUAUAGUGGCCUUUAUCCUAAAAGAUAGGAAUUUGUACAAUGAGUGGACCAUUGAGCUGAAGGCAAUGGCUGACCGCAUUAUCAGCAUGCGCCGGCAACUCUUUGAUGCAUUACGUGCUAGAGGGACACCUGGUGACUGGAGUCACAUUAUUAAACAAAUUGGAAUGUUCACUUUCACUGGACUGAAUUCUGCGCAAGUUGCCUUCAUGACUAAAGAGUAUCACAUCUACAUGACAUCUGAUGGGAGGAUUAGCAUGGCUGGUUUGAGCUCGAAGACUGUUCCUCAUCUAGCAGAUGCAAUACAUGCUGCUGUAACUCGAGCUGCAUAUAACUAGAAAUCUGGCACUUCGUUUUAGUUUGACUUCUGUCUGGAACAUCAAAUUGGUGGAUUUUCUAUGCGUUUUUUAGCUAUUGUGGCAUAAUAAUUGUAGUCCCUUCAUGUAGAGGAUGAAAACGAAAAGCCUUUUUCAAAUAAUUUUACCUGGGGCCGAGAUAUUCACAAUCACAGAAAAUUUGUGUUUUUGAACUUUACGUGAAAUAUAUUUUAAGAAGUCAUUUCUGCA